AUGUCAUCCACGACUACAUCCGCCGACACACGGCCCAUCGCCCCCGCGCGCUUCGCCGCUGCUCUCAAAGACCUAUCCAUUGGCAUGCUACACCUCAAAGUCCUCGAGAUCCGAAACUCGAUCGCCCACCUUCAAUACUCCAACGACCAACUCAAACCCUUUGCAGAAGGCACAGAAACCACUCCAUCUGGCGAAGCUUCGGCACCCGACCAAGAUUGCAUCGACGCCAUCCGCGAGAACGAGGGUGUCAUUGACCGUAUGGCGGAGCGAAUUGCUCUUAUCCGCGUAGAGGUGGAGGAGCGCGGUCUCAACUGGACAGAGUUUCAGAACCGCGAUGAGUCUACGAGCAAGAAUGACGAAGAUGCCGCCGCUGCUGCUACUGUGGUUAAUGGAGACGCACAGCCAGAUGUUGCAGCUUCAAACACAGAUAGCCGACAUGACGCAUGGAGCGAUGGCACAUUUCAGACAGGGACAAUUCGAAACGGCGAGGUACACCUAGAUCGUGAGGCCGGAAGACCCGAAGGUGGAAGCUUGAGUGAUGCGCAGCUUCGAAGAGGACUAGAGGAACGAAUGCGAGAUUUGGGUACGGACGACGACGAAGGAGGCAUGCAUCUCUAG